AUCACGCACGUGAUGUGCUCCGCUUGCAUGGAAUUCCAGCCACGAUUUGACGUCCUUGAACUGACGUGCAAGAGACAAAACGACAUGGUUUCUCAUGCUUAUUGCCGAACAUGUCUUACCGGCUUGUUCGGGACAUCUCUUACAGACACAACGCUUUUCCCACCACGCUGCUGUGGAGUUCGUAUCCCGUUAUCUGCUGGUGCUCACUUCUUCACCCCUGAGCUGAUGAGGAGAUACAAGGAGAAAGAGGAAGAGUUAGAUACACCGAAUCCAACGUACUGCAGCAACCGCUCUUGCGCAAGAUUCAUACCACCAGGAGAUAUACAAGCGACCAUUGCGACGUGUUGUGUCUGCAAUGAGAAGACGUGCGCUGGUUGCAAGAGUAAAGAGCACAGGGGAGUUUGCCCUGAAGACGACACUGUGAAACAAUUGAUAGGCAUAGCCGAAGAAAAGAGAUGGCAGCGCUGCUAUAGGUGUCGCACUAUGGUUGAGCUGGAUAUUGGGUGCUUCCACAUGUCUUGCCGCUGCGGUGCCCAGUUCUGUUACAAGUGCGCCGCCCCCUGGAAAUCGUGUGCCUGUCCUCAGUGGCAUGAGGAACGACUUGUACGCAACAGCCGU